UCUGCGGCCCCAGCAGAGGGCUCUGGGGCCGGGGCGGACGGGAUGUUGCGGGCUGUGCGGGGCUGGGCCGGCCGGACUCGCCCCCCGCCGCAGCCCCUCGCCGCCGCUCGCCCCGUGGGCCGGGUUAUGUAAGCGGGCGCCCCCGAAGCAGCGGCAGCCGCAGCAGCAUCUGCGGCGUUCCCGCCCCUGUCUCCGCCCCGCUCCCAGCGCUAGAGAGGCAGGAGGCGGCAGCGGCAGCGCAAUAGAGCAAGUUUUGUCUCCUACGAGGGGGCGGCGAGGUCCCACGGCCCUCGGCAGUGCCGGCACCAUGGCCGCGGCGCCUCUGGGGCGGGCAGCAGCUCCCGCCGCGGCGGCAGCGCCUCGCUGAGCUCCCCGGGCAGCGGGAGCGGCCGCCUCCGCCGCCCCUCCGGGCCGCCCGCCCGCCCGAGAGCGGCGGUCCCCCGGCACGGCCCGGCCCGGCGCGGCACCAUGUGGGGCGGGCUGCACCCCCAGCCCGGCUUGCGCGGCUACAAGGCGGGCUCAGAUUAUUCCUCAGUGGGAUGGUUACCUGGUACUGAAUCCCUGUGGCAGAGCACAACGAUUUCAUCAAGCAGUCAAAGCAAUCCUGUCCGAAGACACAGUAUAGCUUCCGACAGCGGGGACACUGGGAUUGGUACCUCCUGUUCUGAUAGUGUGGAAGAUCAUUCAACUUCAAGUGGUACAUCCUCAUUUAAGCCCAGCCGAUCACUGGUUUCCAUUCCCACUGCCCAUGUGAUGCUGUCUAAUGCCAGCUCUUCACUUUCCAAACACAGGGAAGCUUUCAAGUCUGAUGGCUCAAAAUGGAGCACAAGCUUUGUACGGUCAGGAGGAGGCAGAAAUCAGGGUUCACUGGACAACUCCCUUGACAUGAAAGAUGCAAGACCUGUGAGAAAAUGGUCCUCCUUGUCUAAACUCAGCUCACCAAAUACCUUCAGCCAAGAUGGUAGUAGUCAUUUGAUGGAAUACAGGGCUGGUACAGACAAAGCCAUGUCACCACAAUUAAGGACAAAUGGGCCAAGUUGUUUGCAUGACAGCAUGGAGUUGCUAAAAAUUGAGGACAUAGAAAUGGGGAAAAAACGAUCUUCUCUACUGGACUGCAAAUAUAAAUUUGAAACGUGCAGCAAAGAUGAUUUUGUUUCAGAUUCCCCAAGUAGGAGACAUGCCUUAGACUUGACCUACAGUGCCUUACCUGAAAGCAAACCUACAGCAGCCAGUUGUGAGGCUUUCGGACAGAGAUACGCAACACUGGGACAACAGGCUGUGAGUGGAGCUCCCAUACAGCCGGCAGUGAGGACUCAAAUGUGGCUUAAGGAGCAGCUCCGUGCAAAUCCCCUGGACUGCAGGCCUGCCGAGGAGCCCUACGGUGUAGCUGCAUGGCAUGUGCAGCAGCCUGAAGAUUUUAGAAUAGGAGGUGAACAGCCUGUGCAGGUUUCACCUGGAACAUCUCGUCCAAGUUACCCAGCUACCAGCUAUCAGGACUCCAGCAACUGGGAAUCUCUAAUGAAAAUUAAAGAGGGGCUGCUAAGACAGAAAGAGUUUGUGAUUGAUCGGCAAAAUCAGCAAAUUAACAGUUUACAUCAGAAGAUAAGGGAGAAUGAAUUACGAGCUCAGCAUGCAAGACUGAGCCAUCUUGUGAACUGCGAAGAACCUUACGUGGCUAAUUUACAGCAACCACAGUAUGAGAGCACACUGCUGCAACCUCACAUUUCAGAAAGAUCAGCCUCCCACCUUGAGGAGCUUGAGCGAAAGAUUGCAGCAGCUGAGAAUAAGGAAUUACAACUCAGUGAAAUUGUAAAACAACUUUCAAACAAAUCUAGUGAGGAGAAAAAGAAGAUGGAGGAGAAACUUAAAACUAGAGAUCGAUAUAUUAAUAGCCUGAAAAAGAAAUGCCAGAAGGAGUCUGAGCAAAACAAAGAAAAACAAAGACGAAUUGAAACCCUAGAAAAAUACCUGGCUGACCUACCAACACUGGAUGAUAUAGAAGGGCAGACUAAACAGCUGCACAUUCUAGAAGAGAAGAACAGGCAACUUCAAGAAACUAUGGCUGAGUUAGAAAAGAAGCUCGGCGAGGCCCGGUCGCAGUGCAGAGAGAGAGAAUUACAGCUGGCAUCUCAGAAGAAAAAAGAAAAAGAGCUGGUCACAACAGUGCAGAGUUUACAACAGAAAGUAGAAAAAUGCCUGGAAGAUGGUAUUCGGCUUCCUAUGUUGGACACGAAACAGCUUCAGAGUGAGAAUGAAUGUCUUAAAGAGAAGAAUGAGAAAGCCAGUAAGGUCAUAGACAAUCAGCAAAAUCAGAUAGCUGGACUGAUUUUAGACAUGCAGUCUAUGCAAGAGAAGCUUUCGCAAGAAAAGUUGAUAAUUCAGAAGAUGACAAAUGAGCUUGAGGAAAAAGAAAGGAAUAUAGAGCAGUUGAAUAAAACUCUCUCUGAAAACCAAAGACUGAUGGAAGAGAAUGCCUGCCUGAAGGAGCAGAUGCGGCUGGUGGAGCAGUCCAGGCAGCCAGUAUCUGAGAAGAUGCCUAUAGCAGACCAGUUGUUCAAGGAAAUGUCCCAUUGCUUGUUUGACUUGAAAGCACUGUGCAGUAUUCUUACCCAGAGAGCUCAGGGCAAGGAGCCUAACCUUUCCUUACUGCUGGGAAUCAGAUCACUGAGCUGUUCAGCUGAAGAGAGUGAAAAUUACCACAGCACAGAAACUCUUUCAAAGAAGCUCUUGGACGUUUGUCAGUUACGGAAGGAUAUUGAUGAAUUGAGGACUAUAAUGUCAGACCGUUAUGCUCAAGACAUGGGGGACAAUUGCAUUACUCAAUGACAAAACUUCAUCUAGUAGAAAACGACUUACUAAAUCCUGCUGUGUCACAGGUCUUUUCAUUUCUACUAAGGAGCCAUAUUGGAAGGCUGCAAAUAGCCCCAGACAUGCACCUGUGAGGGCUGCGUAUAAUUAACCUUGGGAGUCUGGUCUGGAGGGGAGAGUCAGCAUUGAACAGAGUGGUACAAACUGCAAGAAAUCUUUUCUCCAAACUACUGAAUGUAGGAACAAGCUGUGAAGAAUGAUUCAGUUGGACACUCUGUUUCCUUCAUUAGGGCUCGUUUCAUUACUUCACCUAGUUUUUGGAAUCAGAGCUUCAAAACAGCCGUGCUGCUACUGCUCUCAGUCCUUUCCUUCAUCAAGGGUUUGUGUGGCAUUAUAUGUGUUCUGAUAUUAGAGGAGAAGGUCGAAGGACCUGUAGCUGUAUGUGGUGAAGCCAGAGGUUUCUGCCACUGCACUUCACUCUAAGAAUUGCAGUUGGAACAAUCUUGGAGCACUACAAAAAGUAGUUGCUAUCCAAGUUGUCUAAAAAUAGGAAUAUAGGAAAGAUGGUUUUAGUAAUGGAUUGUUUGUCCAAUAGCAGAAAACCCCCCAAGUUUAACUCCUUUAUGCAAACAAGUCCAUAAAAUAUAACUGUAUCAGGUUGUUUGAAGUGCUCUCACAUUGCUGUAAGAAGUUUCAGUAAUAUGAAGUCUGUGACAAACCCAGAGAAGCUAUAAGACAUGAAACUGCAGCACAGUACAUGGCUGCAGGAAAACAAACAAACAAACAAAACAACCAACAACUGUACUUUGGUGUUUGUAUUAACUUUUUCCUUAGGUCCUCUCCAUUUUAAAAUGUGGCUGGUCUGUGUUCUGUUGCUGAAGGCCUCUGAUGAGUAUUUAACUGAAGAAAACAAAAACUUGUGAAGAGCAAAACCACUUCCAAAACACACUGUUAAGAAAAAUACGUGCAUCACUUACGUGUGUGGGACUAAAAGAAGGUUUCAGAUGCUUUAAAAUGCAAGUCAGUCAACUUACCCGUAGUGGGGAUACCAGCAGAAAUCUCUUAGAAAGCUUAGCAGUUAGAACCAAGAAAAUUCUAGGGUAACAUUUUUAUGGCAAAAGUGUUAGUAUCUUCUGUUUUCUGAUUAUAUUUGUGUUAAUGGAAAAAAGUGGUAAAGCAACAUAUACUGGUUACCAGUUUUAACUUGGUGAUAUUUUGCUUUCUGUCAAUUGUUAAACAGUUACCAUUAAUGUUGUUUUUAUAAUUUAGUGGUUUAUUUUUUUUAACUAUAUGCAUUUAUUUAUUUCACAGUUUUCUCUAUCCUGAAACUACACUUGGACUAAUUUGCGAAAAAUAACGUUGCUAUUUAUAUUACUGCUACAUGGUGUUUCCAGAUAGAUUAAUCUGGUUCAGCUUCUGUGAGCACUAAAACAGUGUCUAGAGGAAAUCGCAAGUGAAAUUGUCUAGUGUCUACUUAAAGGAAAAGAAAUGAGGCCAUUUUAUUUUAAAUUUCUAUGCUCUUUCUGUAUGCACGCUGCAAUCUCUCCACAAGGGUGCAAUUUCCUCUGGUUUUCCUUGUCCUUCUCAAUGCUGUGAUGGAGGUGGAGUUGGAAAUAUGAGUGUGCUCUUCUCAUUGAUGUAACAAGUUUUGUCAUGAUUGGGGAAAAGGUCUUCUGAACUAAUGUGCAUUUUAGACUGCAAACAGAUCAACAGUAAUUAUCUAAAGGGGUGAUUUAUUCUGGAAGCACAUUAGCAGUAUUAAUUCCACAUUAAUACACAUCUUCCACAUUGAAGGUGUACUUUUUUUUACUAGUGCAAAACUGAAGACAAGGAACUUUGUACAAAUGGGCUGGCAUGGUUUUCUGUGCCUCUGACAGUAUUAUUGGCUUUUGUAACUAAAGCCUCAGCUCGUUCCUUUGGUGUAGUUUGCUGGUUUUGGUCCUGCAGUGAAGCAGUAGUCUUCAGUUUAUGGCAUCUGUCUCCUACCAGAAUUCAACAAUAGCAUUUCAGAUAAUAAAUGAGAAGCAUUAGGGAGAGAGGAAACACCUAAGUUACACAUUGUUGUUUGUUUCCUUAAAUGGCAAUGUUGUACCUAUAAAAAUUUACCAAGCAACACUUUUUCUAAAUUUGAUGAAAAUAACAAGGAGGUUAAUAGAGCAAUUAGAGAGGAGCAGGAGAUCUUUUUUUGAACUGUUAAGCUUGUCACUUGGCUGGUGUGCCUCCAGUGUCCCUCCUGUUAAAGGGUGAUACUGUACUGAAAGCUGAGAUCAGUAAUUUAUGUUUGCAGAGCACUUCAGUUUUUAUGGUCUUCGAGUAUUAGUUGAAAGUUUCUCUGGAAGGAGGUCUCAAUUUAUUUGUAAUACUUUGAUUGCAGCGCUGUAAUCUUGCAUUGUGAUGUUUUUCUUACAGAACCUGUAAUAUUUAUGUUGACUUUAAAGCACUUGAUUUUAAAACCCCGUGAGUUUAUCUGCCUCAGUCAAAUUAAAGUAGGGAGGUAAAUGAUGGAUGUAUGAGCCAAAGAUGCAGACUACCAACUGACUGUCUACAGUGAUGCAGUAUUUUGCUUUGAUUCCUUAAAAUUUGGCCUGUUGUAGUGGUAGCAAUUACUAUAUAUGCAUCAGUUUACAGAUGCCUCUAAAUGGAAUAAGCUUUGUCUAAGAUAUGCAUGACUGUUUAAUUGGUUAAAAUGUAGUGUGUGUGUGGUGUCAUUCAGCUUAUUUAAUACAGAGUUGAUUAAAGAAUGUUAACAUUGGAAUUGCUUAGAUUUAGUCAUGACAACUUUUUGCUGUAGCUGUUAGACAAUCCCAAGGGCUGAAAAACAACCGCAGGUGAAUGGAUACUGUACCAUUCUAGGUGUCAGCAAAUUUGUACAGUAACAUUUUGUAUAGUUUCAGAUUGAAUUUAUAUGAUCCUCCAGAAGAUAUUUACAGUAACUACUGUAUUUAAGAAUGUACUUUGAAAAAGACACGGCAAGUAAGUGUCUUCGGACAAGCUGUAGAGGAUGCUAUGUAUUUACUAUAUAGAAGUAACGCAGCUCAGUUGUGUAAAUGUGAUUUAGGUUGCUGGCCUCUGCUGUGCAGCUUUAUGGUGUGAUAGUUGUGUGAAAUUGUGGAGAUUGCUGUAACCACCCACUCAGGCUCCAGCAUUUGAAGCUGCUGGUGGUCCAGAAGUCAUUACAAGAGCUGAAAUUCCAUCCUUUUCACUUCAAAAGGUUUCCUUCCUUCCUUUGCCCUCGCAGCCCACCUUUUCUUUCAAAUGUUCUUUUGGACGUUUUUCUUGCAGGGUAAGAGCACAAGGAAAGGAAGAAAGCAAACCCUGUCCUCCACAACCUGGUGUCAUAGCGUGGGCAGUGAUGGCACACUGCAGUCUCUCUGCAAGGGCACAAUUUGCUCCAGUUCUCCUUGUCCUUCUCAGUGCUAUAAUGCAGGUGGAGUUGGAAGUAUAAUUGUGCUCUUCUCACUGAUGUGACGAGUUCUGUCAUGAGUGGGAAAAAGAUCUUCUGAACUAAUCUGCAUUCUUAGACUGCAAACAGAUCAAUGGUUAUUAUCUACAGGGAUGAUUUAUUCCAGUAGCUAAUUAGCAAUAUUAAUUCCACAGCUGCAUACCUUUGUGCCUUUUUUGCCUGAAGUAAGUGUAUAUUCCCCUCGAAUUUUAAAUAAGUUUUUAGGAUGCUGAUGACUGCACCUUCUUUUCUUCUCACCUGCCAUUACUUUGUUAAUAAGCUUUUGUAGUAAGAACUCUUGCAUAAUGUCUAGAAACAGAAGUACUUAAACUAGGUACUAGGUGUACACUUUGAAUGUUAGGCUGGUUGUAGUAUGCAGCUUUUUUGAAUAUGAUGCGUGAGCAGGAAACACAAAUAAUGUGUUUGUGUAUAUUAAUUAAGUGUAUCAUUAGUUCAGUGGGGAGGAGUGUCUGGAGCUCUCUUCUAAAAGCACAGCUGACAUAUGUACUGGAUCAGUCCCUGAAGACUGGUAGUUUUGUAAAUUGGGUUCAAUUUUUGAACCGCUCAGAAUACCUCAUAUGUAAAUAGAGUUGUCAUGACUUAAUCACAAUGUGUUCAUUGUAAAAAGUAAAGGAGCCACUGGCUGGCUCAGCUUUAGGCUUGUUGUUCUUGCCUCUUUUUGUAAUUUUUUUUAAAGUAGGGUUUACAGCUAGAAUUUUGAAUGCCAAAGUUCUAUUUAUUGAAUAAUAAUAAAAGUUUUCAUUGUUAAUGACUGGUAUUUUUCCACUGGAAUUUGUUUGUUGAUGUUUGGGAUUUGUAUCCGCAGAGCAGAAAUAAAUUUUGUUACAAAAGUAAA